CUCAUCCACUAUCACCAUCACCAUCACCAUCACCGCCGCAAUGGGACCUCGGUCGAUUCUAAGCAGGCCCCUGGACCUGGUCAUCUGGAUCUAUCUGCUCUCCCACAUUGCCCCAACCUUCCUGAUCGAUACGCAGGCUUUCUUGCCUGCCAACAGCACAUCCGAUGCCCUGCGCGGGUUCUUGAAGGCCGCCUGGCUCGAUAGCUCGGGAGACCCAUUCGUUGGCUCCCUGUUCGAUGGAAAUGGGGCGAAAUGGUUCGAGGCAAUCAUGCUGAAUGAGUUUUUCAUAGAGACUCCGUUGAUGUUUUACUGCAUUUGGGCCCUUUGGAAAGAUUCCCCAUCGCUCAAGAUCCCCGGAACGAUCUAUGCCACCCAAUGCAUCACAACCACAUUCAUGAUCCUGUUUUCUCUCUUUACCGAGGACUACGAUUUGACGUCCUCACAGUUCCUGACUCUGGCGUCGGUCUACGGCAUUUACAUAUUCUUUCCCAUCCUCAUCCUCUACCGCUGCACGAUUGGGUGGCCUGAAGCAGCGUCCCCCCGAGCGUCUUCUGAUAAGUAGAUGCCAGUCCGCCGACCAACUCACUGUGCAGUCGCCCGUCACAACCCCAAAAUAUAUCCUCACGCUCAGAAUGCAGUGCAUCCCGACCGAAG